AUGGGUGAAAGCUGGUUCCGUAGGGAAUUUAUGGUCCCACGCCGACUUGCGUUCAACGUCCUCUUUUAUGGCGCUCAUCUGUCGCUCUUCAUAUAUGGAUGGUAUAGUCAGGCAACAAACCAGAGAUUGGCUGGUCUUAACUCACUGAAAUACUCUGUUUGGACAUCUCGCGGCGCUGGCCUUGUUCUUGCAUUCGAUGGCGGCCUCAUUCUUCUUCCAAUGCUUCGCAACAUUAUUCGAAUUAUUCGUCCCAAGUUAACGUGGGCAUUUCCCGCCGACGAAAACAUCUGGUUCCAUCGUCAAGUCGCGUAUUCCCUGGCUUUCUGGGCUAUGGUUCAUACUACCGCUCAUUAUGUCAAUUUCAUCAACGUUGAACGUACUCAGAUUCGCAAGCAAACCGCACUCCAGAUCCAUUACACCCAGCCGGGUGGUAUUACUGGGCACUUUAUGCUUCUGAUCAUGGUUCUCAUGUAUUCGACUGCACAUCAAAAGAUCCGUCAGCAAUGCUUUGAAGCUUUCUGGUAUACCCAUCACCUUGCAUUUUUCUUUAUGCUUGGCCUAUACACGCACGCGACAGGAUGCUUCGUUCGCGACACCGUCGACCCAGAUUACAUCCCAACUUUCCCAUUCUAUAGCACAGAACAUUGUCUUGGAUACCUUAGUUGGCGGUUCAUCAUAUGGCCUGGUAUUAUCUAUUUUGGAGAGAGGGUCUGGAGAGAGAUACGUGCACGGCGAGCGACACGCUUAUCUAAAGUUCUUGUUCAUCCUAGCGGCGCCAUGGAAUUGCGUAUCAUCAAACCCAGCUUCAAAUAUACAGCUGGUCAAUGGCUUUUCAUUCAGAUCCCAGAACUGUCCCGUUUCCAGUGGCAUCCGUUUACUAUCACAUCAGCGCCUGAAGAUCCCUACGUUUCUAUCCAUAUCCGCCAAGUUGGUGAUUUCACUCGAGGUCUGGGAGACCGCCUGGGUGUUGGACCGUCCGAUAAAAUGUCAGGCAUGUCUCGAGGUGACUACGUGGAAUUGGAUCCAGCUGGCUCUUCAAUUGCUCUUCCAUCCGUUCGCAUUGAUGGUCCCUAUGGUGCUCCAGCGGAGGACGUGUUUGGGGCUGAAGUAGCUAUUUUAAUUGGUGCCGGUAUCGGUGUCACCCCCUUCGCCUCCAUCCUUAAGCAUAUUUGGUACAGGCAGAAGAAGGGCAAACUGGGUUCCCUGCGUCGGGUUGAAUUCUUCUGGGUUUGUCGAGAUGCACCUUCGUUUGGUUGGUUCCAGUCCUUGCUUCAGGAAGUCGAGGCUGCCCAAGCUGAUCGUGAGUUGCACGUUUUGGCUGCCAAUUUUUUGCGUAUCAACGUGUACCUGACGCAGAAGAUCAGCGAAGACAUGCUUUGGAACAUCGCUGUCAAUGACGCUGGUGCUGAAUAUGAUCCCCUCACCCUCUUACGCUCGCGCACGAUGUUUGGACGCCCCGAUUGGAUGACUAUCUUUGGACAAAUGAAGCAAGCAAUUGAGGGAGGACAAUAUCUUCCUGGAAGCACGUCCCAGUUAAAAACCAAAGUUGCUACAUAUUUCUGCGGACCUGGUGCGCUUGCUAAGGCGAUCAAGGAUGCUACUGUCUCCCACACCAACUCCAAUGUUGAGUUCACUUUUGCAAAGGAACAUUUCUGA